AUGAAGUCUCUCCUUUUUCUUACGCUUAGUGUUCAUCUGGCAGCAGCAGCCUCCCACUCUCUGCAGUACUUCUACACUGCAGUAACUCCAGGAAUAAACUUCCCAGAGUUCACUGUGGUGGGUCUGGUGGAUGGAGAGCAGAUUGUGUACUAUGACAGUAACUUCAGGGAGAUGAUCACCAAGACAGAGUGGAUGAACAUGAGGAUGAGUAAUGAUGAUUACUGGGAUUACUGGGAUAGUGAGACCCAGAUUAGUCAGCAUCAUGAGAAGAACUUCAGAACCAGUGUGGAUAAUCUAAUGCAGCGCUUCAACCAGAGUGAAGGAGUUCACACAGUGCAGUGGAUGUACGGCUGUGAACUGGAUGUUGAUGGAACCAAGAAAGGUUCAUACAUGCAGUACGGCUAUGAUGGAGAAGACUUCAUCAGUCUGGAUCUGAACACUCUCACCUGGACAGCAGCCAACGCUAAAGCUGUUAUUACCAAACAGAGGUGGGACAGUGAAGCCUGGGCGGCUCAGGUGAAGAACUACCUGGAGAACACCUGCACUGAGUGGUUACUGAAGUAUGUGCGUUCCAGAUUCACUCUGGAGAGGAGAGUGUUUCCUGAAGUAGACCUGUUCCAGAAGAACUCUUCUUCUCCAGUGGUGUGUCAUGCUACAGGUUUCUUCCCCAAAGCAGUGAUGAUCUACUGGCGGAAGAAUGGAGAGGAUCUGGAUGAGGAUGUGGAGCUCAGAGAGACGCUACCCAACCAGGAUGGAACCUUCCAGAAGAGGAGUGUUCUGACUGUCUCACCUGAGGAGCUGGACAGGAAUUACUUCGCCUGUAUCAUUCUUCACAGCAGCCUGGAGAUGGAGAUAGAGCUGCCGGUGUCUGAGCGCAGAAUCCUUCAAGACGGAAGCUCAAGUUUCAGAAUCAUCAUCAUCAUAUUUGCGGCUGUUCUUCUGCUCUUUGCACUGUGGAUGAUGAUGAAAGACUGCAGUAAGGAAACACUGGAAUCUGAUAUUAGUCUGUAUGGAGAGACACACUGA